AUGACAAAUCUUUGCCCUCUCUGCAAUCGCUCUCCAAUUUCAAUGCAAGUUGGCUGUUGUGAUACAUGCGGGGAAAUGAUGAAUGGUAAAGUCGGUGACCAAAUCACCUCUCAGAUUUCGCUUUCAUCACCAAUUAUCCCUUCUGACGUCAUAGAUAAUUGCUCAGUAGCUGUAUCUCGUUCAUUAUCGGGCACUACUUCGUGGUGUUCAUCAGACAUUAAAAAGAAAAAGUUAAAAUAUUAUGAAGAAAUGGGCAAUUGGAUAGAUAAUAUAGAAGUUUUAGAAAAUAUUGACAUAAAUUCGCCACUACCAAUCGACAAGAACGAAGCGCCAAAGACAAUUCGAGUUGCUACUUAUCUUUCAUUUUUAAUCAAUUUAUUUCUCUUAUUAGCAAAAUCAAUUGCUAUUUCAUCCUCGAUAUCAUACACGAUCAUAUCAUCAUUGGUUGACUCAUGUCUCGAUUUGAUUGCAGGCAUGAUUAUUUCUUGCACUGCCGCCCAUUCUAAAUUCACUUUAGAUGAUCUGAAAAAGUACCCAUUAGGAAAAUCCAGAAUUCCUGUCGUAGGAAUUCUCGUUUUUUCCAUUUUAAUGGCCUGCUGCGCUUUAUAUAUUGCAAUUCAAUGCAUAAUGAGUCUAAUUGAGCACGAACCUUCACCGCCUACAACACAUACAGCAAUCCAUGUUAUGUGGUGGACGAUUUUUACAAAACUCGCGAUGACAAUUGUUUACAGCUUGUUAGAUCAUCCAAUUACAGACACUCUCGCCGAAGACCACCGAAAUGAUGUCCUUACAAACUCAUUAGGGCUGUUUAUGUACUGGGGCGGCGCUCAUUUCUACUGGUGGAUGGAUUCUGUUGGAGGAAUCAUACUUUCAGCAUUUGUUCUACAAUCCUGGGUCCAAACAGCCCUGGAAAAUGCGCAAAUGCUGAUGGGACAGUCAGCUCCAGACGAAUUGAUCAGAUCUAUAACUUAUGUUGCAGCUUCCCACCAUCCGCUUAUCAUCGGUGUUGAACAGGUCAUUGCUUUCCAGGUCGGACCUAAUUUCAUGGCAGAAGUUCAUAUAAUUUUGCCAGAUAACUUGCCACUUCGGAUCACUCAUCAUAUCGGCGAAACGCUACAGCUGAAGAUAGAAAGAAUCCCAGAGAUUGAACGCGCUUGGGUUCACAUUGACACUGAAACGCAUAAUGACUGCGAACACGUACUUACAAUGCGAACAUCAAAUAGCAUUCCUAGUUUUUCAGACAAUUAUAAUCAUUUUCAAUCUGUUUGA